UGGAAAGCAGGCUGAGGAGUGGGGCGAAUACAGAAGAGCUUGCUGCAACUCUCUUUGACCUGGAGUGAACUAGCAGGUUUGGGGGGGCCUAUCCCUAGACUUCAGCCACCUGCAAUGCUGCCUGCAGAAGCUGGUGCUAGGGGCAGGAGCCUGGGCCUGUCCCCCGGCGGCCCAGCACCUCCAGAAACAAUAAAAGACAUCCUAGUGAUACACGAAGAUGAUGUGGAGGAAUGGGCUUUCUAUCUGAGGGAAAUAUUUCUACAUGUGGUAAAAAGAGAAGCAAUCCUGUUGUAUCCCUUGGAGACAUGUUCUCUUAGGCCUCUGGAAUUGCUAAACUUAAAUUCUUACAAGUGUAAACUUUUGAUAUUAUCAAAUCGCCUGCUUAAAGACCUAACUCCAAAGAAAUGUCAGCUUCUGGAGAAGGUUCUUCACACACCAGAAACAGUAGUGACUUUGCUUUGUGGGGUACAGAGUUCAGAUCAGCUGUACAAAUUACUAAAUAUCUCUCGGAGCAGAUGGGAGAUGUCAACUGAGCAGGAACCCAAGGAUUUCAUCUCAGUAAUCAAGCAAAUCAUAUUCAGAGAUUCUGAAGACUACCUUGAGGUCAACACUCAAACACACCUAAGAGUGAAACAUCCUGGGGGAAAUGAUGAGAAAAAGGAAAUUAAAGCUGCAGAGGUUUCAACCGGUACCAGUCCUCUGGCAAUGGUGCUUCCUGCUGAAAUUCCAUGUGAGAAUCCUGGUGAGAUAUUCAUUCUGCUGAGAGACGAAGUAAUUGGUGAAACUCUGGAAGUUGAAUUUGUAUCAGCUUAUAAGCACAUUAUAAAACGGCCAACUCUUUGGAAUAAAAAAGUUUGGAGUAUGAAAGCUUUGGAUUUCCCAGCUGGUUCAGUCAUUGUCAAAGUCUAUUGUGAUGGGAACAUAAAGGCCACGACAGAAAUUAAAUACUACAUAACAGCAAAGGUGAAGGAAUGCCCAUCGCCAGUGGCCAGUUUAGGGGAGAGCUCGUGCCAGAGUAGCAUGGAAGACCUGGAUGGUAUUCUUGCAGCCAUAUUCAAACAUGAGAUACCCUAUUAUGAGUUUCAGUCCCUUCCAGCUGGAAUUGACUCUCAAAAAGAAUAUACUCAUGUCAGAGAACUUCCAACUCUUCUCCACUCUGGAGCCAAAUUUGGCUUAAAGAACCUAGCUACUCAUUUACUUCAAUGUCCAGGAGCAAGGUGGGCAUCUCAGAUAAAAAACACAGAUGGUUUAGAUCCGGCGCAUAUUGCUGAAAGGCAUGGUCACAAAGAACUCAAGAAAAUAUUUGAAGAUUUUGCAAUCCAAGAAGUUUAUUGUAAUGAUGACCAAGAAAAUGACUAUGAAGAGGGUUUUAUCUCAUUUUCUACAUAUUCACCCUCCACACAGAAUCCAGCAUUGCAUCAUGAGAGCAGGAAGGCCCAUAGGCCAACUGCAUCUGAGAGGGCCAGGGACGGGAAGGAGAAGGAAUCAGCUGCAGAAACAAAGCACAACCUGCCAGAGGUGGACACCCAAAGUUCUGAGAACCAGUAUGAUGACUUAUAUGUGUUCAUUCCUGGAAUUGAUCUAGAGAAAAACCCUCAACAGUCACUCACCUGCUGCAGACCACCUCCACCCCCACCAAGACUUCUAUCUCCUGCCACCCAACUAGAAAGACCUCACUUCAAGAUACAGGCAGGGAAAAUGGUGGAAGACCAAAUGGAAAGAAGUGAAAUUUGGAGUGAUCCAUUCAACCUAAGACAAGACCCAAGCGAUGAGCCAAAAGGAGAAGAAAAGGAAGAGGAUGAAAAGGAGCAGGAGGAGCAUGAAGAUCCAUACACAUUUGCUGAGAUUGAUGACAAUGAGUAUGACAUGAUAUUGGCCAAUAUGAGUAUAAAAAAGAAAACUGCAAGUCGGUCUUUCAUUAGGAACAGACCUCCUGCUCCCACACCCCGACCUAUAAAUAUCCUUCCGAAAGAAGAGAAAACACCUUACAUCGCUCAAGUGUUCCAGCAAAAGGCAGCCCGAAGACAAUCUGACAGUGACAAGUUCCGUGAUGUUCCUAAGAAACCAGACAAAGUUCGGAUGGAGAGCCCAGCCUUUCCUAUUCCAAGGGACUGUCUGACUGCUAGACAGAAGGAACUCAUCUGCCUUCAGGAAAAAGUUAAGAAUGGAAGAAUGUCUGUGGAUGAAGCCCUGGAGAAAUUUAAACAGUGGCAGAUGGAAAAAAGUGGCCUGGAAAUGAUUCAGCAGGAAAAACUACGCCAACUACGAGAUAGCAUUAUUGGGAAAAGACCGGAAGAAGAAAAUGCAUACAAUAAACUCACCAUUGUGCACCAUCCAAGUGGCAACACUGCCCAUGAUGAAAAUACAUUCUAUGGAAUUCCCUUCAGUAAUGAGCUUCCUGCUCGACUCCAAGUUGAAAAGGAAUUUGGAUUCCUAAGCAGUAAAGAUCAUUAAAGAAGAUUAUUAUAAUGCAACUCAAGGACCUACAGGCAUUUUUGCUUUCCGGGAGAAGCAAGCUUGCGUUUGGAUUGCCUGCUCUGAGAGACAGAGUUAUACAAUGAAAGAAAGCAGAAACUAGCAUCUGGAUUUGUUACACCUGCUUCAAAUGAGACUGUCUAUCAAUGUUAAGUCAAAGACCACUAACAGUCUCUGAAAAUUCUUGCAUUUUUCACCACACUUUGCCACUGAAACCACUCUCAGUUCUCAUUUUGAAUUUUAAACAAAAACAAGAGCAAAGAAGUGAAAUGUGGUGUCUCACAGACACACAGCCUGUUUAAGGCACUAACCUUUAUUUCUCCUCUCAGAAUAGCUAUAAAAAUAUAAACUUACUUAGAACCUAUUUGCCCUUUAAGUGAGAGGUUUGCUGUCUACCUUUCUCACAUUCAGAUGUUUGCAUAAUCUUGUAUUAUGCUUUGCAGAAACCUUCCUUUAUUUAGUGCCUCUUUGCAUGGAACCCUGAGAACAUUGUAAUUUUGAGGCAACUUUACAUUUUUCUUUUCUCUUUUGUUGGUAUUGUUAGUGUUGGGGAAUCAAACCCAUGGCCUCACACAUGAUGGUCAGUCAUCCUACCACUAAGCCACAUCCCUGCACCCAGUACUUUCUUCUUUAUAUAUAAUCACUUUUCAUUUUAAUGAGCUUCUCUGUGAGAUUACCACAUAUGCAUAAUCACUGAUCACACCCAUUCUACCUUCUGCUGAAGAGCCCCCUCCCACAACCCACUCAGGGGCCUUCUCAGCUUAGAAGUCUUCCUUCAUUUCUUUCACUGGAAUGAUUAUGUAUUUCCACAACCUUACUUUCUCAUUAGAAGUAUUGCAGUUUCAUCAACCUGCUUCUUAGAAACCAUUUACCAGCUUAGAAUGCAAUACAGUUUUAUCAUACUAUGAUUUGCAUGUACAAAUGAUACAAAUAAAAAAUUUUACAACU